AAAACGGACAGAAAAGUCAGAGUACAGAAACUUAACCAGGGUUAAAAGUCGGGUCGGAUAUUGAGUUAGGGUUUAGCAGCAAACUUUUAAGCCUCGCCUCUUGGUUAGGAGCGCCUCAGUUGUUCUCGCGGGGAGAGACACACAAGAACAACAACGCAUACAUCUUUACCUCUCUUCCGUAGAUUCAACUCAAAUCUGUUGUAUCUGUAUACACAUAUAUAAUAUAAUGGGUGUACAACUAGCUGAAGGUCAUCAAGUGGAGACGGAAGAUGUUAAUUUUACUGAUUUGGAAGUUUCUUAUCAUGUUCGGGAUGCUCUUAAAUCCGCAAGCUUGGGUCAAUCCGACAGUUAUCACGACUUGCUUGGAGUUCUGCACCAUACUGAACGCCUCACACCAGAUGAGGUGGCCAUGCUUGUGACAAGUUUAAAGGCCCUUUCUGGAGCAGUUUCUUACAUAGAUUCUGAUCACCACCAAAUGCUUCUUUCAUCUAUAAGUGGAAUGAGCUUGUGGAACUACGGUCCAGAUGUGAUGGAUGUGUUAGUUGAGUUGGUAGUUGCAUUGGCUGCAGUGAGUGGAAAAUACCUCCAUCUAUGCUUGGAUAUGCUUGUAAGAAAUUUUGUGCCGCCUCUAUCUUUCCUUAGGCUAUUGCAGCAGCCACGAGGUCUUGCAAAAAAGGAGCAAGUUCUUUGUCGUGUGCAUGCUGCCCUAAAGGAAAUUGCUGAUUUGGUUCCCCUUGCACCUCUGAGAUUGGAAAAAGUUAUUAAGGAGAGAAUGCCUCACAAAUCCUCAAAGCAACCUUGGAUUUUGUCGGUUAUGUAUGUGGAGAAUAUGCUAAGAUUGGAUGGUGGUGCUAUGGGAGACCUUGUUGGUAGAACUAUGCUUGUGGAAGUGAUGAACAGGAUUGUAGAACUGGACGUCGAAAUUGGAUGGGACGAACUCAUAGCUGAUGAUUCAAAUAAAGGAAUGUUUGAGAUGGAAUUGGAAGAACAGGAGAUGUCUUCGGAGGCUGAAAUAAGCAAAGAGAAGAUUUCCAGAGACUCAUCUAUUCAGAAGACUCUUUCGGGUAAUGAAGUUGCUGAGCACUUGGAUCUUUUGAUGGUAUUCAUAUUUGAACACCUUAAAACAUGUCAUGCAAGCGGUCGUCUGGAUCAGGUAUUUGAAGUAUUACUACUCUCAUUCCAGAGUACCGUGUUGCAUGCAUACAAGUCAAAGUUUUCCCAGUUCGUGAUGUUUUAUGCCUGCUCGCUAGAUCCUGUGAACUAUGGUGAAAGAUUUGCGAACAUGCUUCUCGAUAUUUAUAAAAACAGCAUGUAUGUCUUGGAAUGGAGAAUGGGAGCUGUUUCUUACCUUGCAAGUUACCUGUCUCGUGCAAAUUUCAUGUCAGCGUCAUUUGUAGUCUCCGUACUGGAAAGUCUGGUAGAUUGGUGUUUCACUUACUGCAAAGGCCAUAAUGGUGAAACUAAUCCCAAAGCUCAUAGAGUCUUCUACUCUGGAAUUCAGGCUAUUAUGUAUAUUCUUUGUUUCCGUAUGAGAUCAGUGCUGGGUGUUCCUCGUAUUGAAUCACAGCUCUCUCUUUUGCCUAUACAAGCAAUUUUGAAGCACUCAUUGAACCCUUUAAAGGUAUGCUUGCCAUCAAUAGUGCACGAAUUUUUGCAGCAGGCCAGAGCAGCUCAGCUAUUUAGCGUCUCAGAAGAUUUCCAUUUAUAUGGGGUGCUGGAAUCAGAAGUCUCUGCUGACUUUGGUGGUUUAGAAAGACUUGACAUGUUCUUUCCCUUUGAUCCAUAUCUGUUACAAAAUUCCGACAGAUUCAUACGGCCAAACUUCAUAUUUUGGUCAAUGGUGAGAACGACUUAUGAGGAUGACGACGAAGAUGAAGAUGAAGAUGGUGAUCAAAGUGAGGGUAGCACUGAUGAAGAUAUUGAGAAUGAUAGCAGAGAUGAUGAUAGAAUAGCCAUGAGUUUUGAGGAUGAUCUAGCUAUAGAUGAAUUUGACAAUUCCUUGAAUAAAAUGUCUAUCACUCCAAAAAAUUACAAUGGAGCCCAAUUACAAGGAUACAAGCAAAUGCCCUCACGAAUUAGACCUUCUGCAAGUCCAGUAUCUUUGUAAAUGUGAUUGUACUAUAUAGAAGGCUGGGGAAAAUUUCUGCGCUGCCAAUCUAUUAGAAUGUUGUGUAAUGCAGCCUUUGGCUUUGAAGAAAGAGGUGUUGCAGCUACGGUUUAUGCUUUUGGGUGGUGAGUGUGGUUAUAUCUCACAACAUAUGCCUUGUGGUUGCAGUCAAGGUUUUACUUGAAUAUGUAUUAGAUAUGUAGGGACCCUGUAAUUUUUUACUUCUCUUAGAUGAAUACUCAUAAUUGUGUUGAAUGCUUUCUGAUUGUUAAUCUAAUAUUAUAGUGGAUUGUUUUUCA